UUAUUUAAAAGUCGAACUGCGCGUUGUUCGCUUAUCGUUUUGGUCUUCGCAUUGUUUACAUGCCGACAGCUGAUUUUGACGGCGAAGACCGUGUUUGUGCAAGCGAAUAAACCGAAAUGAACAUGAUUUCGGUGACAGAAGUCGUUAAAAGUGUUGGACCAAAACUGGUACCAUUCUUCAAAACCACUGCCAUUUAUUUUGUUAUGUUUAUAUCGACUGAAAAGCCGUCAAUUUUCAGCACCGUUAUUAAGUGUCUACCGAUUUGGAGUCUUAUGCUCUUUGUGUUACUUCACGGCCUUUCCCUUGGCGACCAACAUAAAUAUUCGAGAAGAAUUCUGAUCGGCCUCCUCUUCUGCAGCAUCGGGGAUGCCUGUCUUAUUUGGCCCGGCUAUUUCGAACCGGGGAUGUUAUCAUUUGCUGUUGGACACGUUUAUUAUGUUUUGGCAUUCGGAUUUAGGCCCCUCAAUAUGAAAAUCGGAGCAUUUUUGUGCGUUUUGGCAGCUAUAAGUUUGGCGCUUUUGAUUCCCGGUUUGGAGGGCGUUUUGAAAGUAGGAGUACCAAUUUAUACCAUGAUAAUUACAGUGAUGGUUUGGAGGGGCAUAGCAAGGGCGCAAUUUUUGGAAAACGAGUGGACUUUUAGCAGUAUUUGCAGUUGCCUUGGAGCAAUAUUAUUCGCUCUUUCUGAUCUCAUUUUGGGUUUGGAUAUGUUCAGUUCUAAAGUAGAGCAUUCCCAGGCUUUGGUGAUGUCGACAUAUUACGCAGCCCAAUUGGGGAUCGCACUGAGUGUAGUCGAUUCGAAAUCUUCCAAUUAAACCUACUUUAAUUACUGUACUGCUACGCUUAUAUUUCUAAUUAGUAGAAAUAUGCGGUUCAUAUUUGGCUCAACAGAUACUCUCUAGUCUGGUUCUUAUGAUUUUAUUACAUAUUUACUACUGUUAGUUUUAUUUAGUAUUUUAGUGAAAAAACAUUUGCGAUAUAUUAAAGUAUAUUGUGCCAAUGAACAACUGAUUGAACUUCUGCCUAUUUAGAAUUUAAAUAAUGUUAAUAAGAGAAAAUAAUCGUCUUCCUGUUUCCACAUUAUAAUGAAUCAAAAUGUUACAAAAAUUGAUUCGUUGUUAGACUGCACGUUUAGAGACUGUGAUCAAUAGGUAUUUAGAAAUGAACUGAUGUGUUAAAUUCAGAUAAAAUAUAAACUGUAAAAG